GUGGUUGUGACCUGUCAAGUCAAUGUGUACUCUGCUGAUGGUGUCUCAGGCGGGCUGUGGACUGUGAAUACCCCCAGCAGUUCAAGCCACCAUUACCAAAGGAGCAGUCUGUGAGAUGCCAGCCCUCUGGACUGUGUCGCUUCCCUAGAGAAAACAAGUCUCUCUCUCUAUGCUCGGAAAAGUGCAAAACCUCUGAACACUACAAACCUAUUCGAGAACGUCAGCUCCCUUUGUGCCUGAAAAGGCACUCUGAUCAAAGCACAUCUUUUUACACAUUUCCCAAAAGCAAGCAUGCCUGCUGAACACUGCGAGGUGUCUGAACUAAUUGAAACCAUGGAAUCAAGUGAGCCUUCUGCACAAUCUGCUGAACCCUGCAUCAUUUCGGACAAAAUAAAUAACUUGUUGGACUAUACUGGACACCAGAAGGUCAAUGGACAAAUGGAUCCCGCUGUGCAGAUUGUCGAUCAUUACAGCAUGAAUGGAGAACAUGCAGAAGAGAGCAAACCUUUUGUGCAUUAUAAUGGACAUUCAGGGGGGUAUGAGCAAUGCAUCAACAAGCCUUGUGAGGACUAUCCUGUUCUCCACAAGCACACUAAUCAGUAUAAGUCUUCUGAGUUAAGCAAAUCAUUUGAAGAAUGUUCUCAAAAUUGUGAGUGCUUUGACUUCAGCAAGUCCUCUGAGCACUAUGCUAAUGACUGUCUAGCUUCUGUAUUUAGCCAACACUGUGAACAUUUCACAGAAUGCUUCCAGUCAUCUGAACAAUGCAAGUCUUCUGAUCAACACUGUAAGUCCUUUGAGUCAAGCGAACCUGCUGAGAACUCUGAGUUUUUAGCACAAUGUAAGAUAUCUGACUUCAUACCUGACAUCUCUGAAUCCAAUGAAUCAAAAAUAUCAUUUGAGCACUAUACUGGAAUUUGUGAGUAUUCAGAAAAAUACAAUCAUAUUGAUGACGCAACAGAAUAUAAUGAGACUACAAAGCCAAUUGAUGAGGAUUUAAAGCCCUCUCAGCCAACAUUUCAACAAAUUGAAAUCUGUGGCCUUUUUGACUCUGAGUUUUGCAUAAUAUUAGAACCUAUACAUUCUUCAGAUUUUAACAUGCCUUCUCAACACUAUGCUGAACAAGAUUCUCCCAAUGAAAGUAUACAUGUCUCUGAAGUUCAUGAACCUUCUGAGCAAACUCUGCUUGCUGAACAAAGCAAUCAUCAAUCUAUUGACUAUGAUAUGCCCUCUGGGCACUGUGAACUGCAAAACACUUUCUAUGAGCAAAGAGAGACAAGUGUACAGUGUGAACUCUCUGAGGGAUGUAAUUAUUGUGAGAGCUAUCCUUGUCAACAUAAAAGCACAAAUGACAAAUGCUAUGAGCCUAGCAGUUCAUUUUAUUAUGAGGAAGACAAGUCUUCUGAGUGCUCAUCCAUUGAAACAAGGUCUUUUGAAUCUUUGAUUUAUGACAGUAUAAAUUUAGACCCAUUAACUGAUUCAGCUGAAUUCUAUGAAGCGUUGGUGGAAGAAGGAGCACAGGACAAAUCCAGUUCAGAUAUAUGGGAAUCAUUUGAUAAUUGUACAGUUGUGGUAGAAUGUGAGGAAAGCAAUGCUGAUGAAGACAAACCUCACUCGGAUGCAGUCGAUGGAUUCUUUGACUUAUUUGAUAAAGAGGAUACUUACACUUUUGCCCAAAGGCGACCUUAUACCUCCUGUUUUGAAGGGGGAGGGGUGCAUGAGUUGUUUUUUGAACAACGCAAAACUCAUGUGUCCAUUAUGAAUGAGGAAGAAACACAAAUGCCCUGCGCCAAAAAAGGGCUUGAAGUUUUUAGUCAAGAAGUGGAGGAAGUUGAUGAAUCUUAUGAUGCUUGUGCUGAUGAUGGACAAUUUAAUGUAGACUGUGCUGAUGAUGAGACAUCCGCCUCUGGAUCCUUUGCAGAUGAGGAAUCAUGUGAAUCUUGUUUUGAAGAAGCCACAGCUUAUGAAGUUGAGUUUUAUGAAGCUUUUGUAGCAGAAGACAAUGCUAUUGAGGCUGAGGCCUAUGAGCCCUUUGUUGAGGAUGAGGAACUUUGCAUUGCUGAAAAUGAAGCUGGUGACGCUCAGGCCAAUGGACCCUUAGUUGAUGAGGACAACACGUACGACGAACACAGUGCAGAGGAAGCAUCUCAUGGAUCAUCUUCUGACGUGUCUUCUGUUGAAGAUGAUGAAGUAUCUGAGGGCCAAAAUGAUCAAACUUAUGAACCAUGCUUUGAAGAAGAGGAAACUUGUGAUGAAGAAUACCAGACAAUAUGCGUCGCAGAAGACGAAUUAUACAAACAAAAUGCUGAAGACAAAGUUUAUGGAUCCUAUGGGCCGUGUGAUAAAGAUUGCAAUGCAUAUGGCUGUGAACAUACACAAUUCUCUACCGAAGGAGAAGAUAAUGCAGUAUGCACUGAGGCCUGUGAACCAAGUGCUGAAGAGCACCAUGAAUAUCAAAGUGAAGCCAAUGAAUCUAAUGUUAAUCAAGAAGCUAAUGGAUUCUGUACUGAAGAAGACUCUCAUGAUCAGUGUAAUGAAGAAAUGGAUUAUGACAGCACUCCUGAGACACAUUUGAAAGAUGAAGUCUGCACUGAAGAGAGAAAGAAUGGUGCUCCAUGUGCUGAGGAGAGUGAAUCCCCUGAAUCAUUUGAGGUUAUAACCAAAGACACCGCAUUAUGCACUGAAGGAAGCAAACCAGCUAUGCCGGAUGGUAUUGAAUUCAAUGGGGAUCAAACGGAUUCCUCCACAACCUCUUCCGAAGAGAUAGAUGAGCGAAGCAAGUCAUCUGAAUUGUGUGAGCAACUAAACACACCAUAUCUGUCUCAGAACUGGGAAGAACACAAUGGUGUCUCAGAGCAUCUCCAACACCCAGAGUCAGAGGACCUUUCAGAGCAGUUGUCUGAGAAAACAAGCCUCCCUCUUGAUGGUGCUGAACUUAGUAAAGACUCCAUAGACUGCGAGCCACUUGCACAUCACGCCGAACAAACAGAGCCCUCUGAACAAAGUGAGCUGGAUGAGAAAAUGCAGUUGCAUGAAUUUUUUAAGAUUGUGGCCUCUGAACAAAUAAGUGAGGAGUCUGAGGAGGAGCUGAGUGACGAUGAGUCCUUUGAGUCCUGUGAAUGCGAGUACUGCGUCCCGCCUAGAGAACAGGUCCCGGCAAAACCUCUGCUACCUCAAAUCAAGUCAAAAGACUCAGGGAAGAUCUGUGUGGUGAUUGAUUUGGAUGAAACAUUAGUGCACAGUUCAUUCAAGCCUGUGAACAAUGCGGAUUUUAUCAUUCCAGUGGAAAUUGAUGGAACACUUCACCAGGUGUACGUGUUGAAGCGACCCAAUGUGGAUGAGUAUCUCAAAAGAAUGGGGGAGUUGUUUGAGUGUGUUCUGUUCACUGCCAGUUUAUCCAAGUAUGCCGAUCCAGUCUCCGACCUGCUGGAUAAAUGGGGUGCCUUCCGACACCGUCUCUUCCGGGAGUCCUGCGUGUUCCACCAAGGAAACUAUGUUAAAGACCUGAGUCGGCUGGGCAGGGACCUCAACAAAGUCAUCAUUGUAGACAACUCCCCAGCGUCCUACAUCUUCCACCCUGAUAAUGCUGUCCCCGUAACAUCCUGGUUCGAAGAAAUGGCCGACACAGAGCUACUAGAUCUCAUCCCAUUCUUCGAGAGACUAAGCCAAGUGGAAGAUGUCUACGAUAUUCUCAAGCAGCAGGGGAUUGCAAUCUAGUGCGUAAUUAGACACUGGCGGCAACUUUUCACCACACGGGGGCCAUAGAAGAAGCUGGUGGGCAACAUGAUUCAAGUUUCUUCCCACUAGAAGGACCUGCUAGUGUCUCUCGGACAUUGUCGUCCUCCAAAUUCCAUUCACACAAAACAUGAUAAAGAGGCCACUCAGUUUGGCACAGAGACGGAACAAUGAGGAACUGUUUUAUGGCAAACAUUGAAAAGAAUGGUAUCAAUUAUUUUUUCACAUUUGAUGUGGUAAUCACCUCUUGGUUAUGACUUUUCGCCCUGAAGACAAGGUUAAGCGAAGCCCUUUUUCAUGGAACGGUGAUCAUUUACAGUGCCUUGCGAAAGUAUUCGGCCCCCUUGAACUUUGCGACCUGAAGAAAAGCAGGCCCAAACCAUGAUGCUGCCACCACCAUGUUUGACA